AUGUCUCUGCAGACACCUCCGCACUAUCGUCGUCCUCAGGGAAUGCGCUCACCACUUGCGUACGAAAAGGAGAAUGUGCGCUUGACGCCGAACAAUCUCACGCGAAUGAACGAGUCUUUCGCUACGCCGUUCAAGGAGCUUGCAAACUCCCCGAUGCGGCUGGAGGACAAAGCCUUGCUCGUCAAAAGGAUACAGGAGGAAGCCUAUAAAGCGAAGCAGCUCAAGCUCCUGAACGCUACGCUCAUUUCUCGUCUGAGGGAAACCACUCUCGAGCUGGAAGGAAACAGGGAGAGGCUGCAUCAAGCGGAGCAGCGCGUGACGCACCUGGACCAGCAGGUCAAGACACUGGAAGCGCAGCUCCACGACAAAGACGUGGAUCUCGUCUCCGUUAGCAAACAGCUUGCACUUCAGGAGCAAGCAAAUCGCGAGCUCCAGGCCUACAUGCGGGAGCUGGAAGAGCUCAGGCUCGAGGUCGUUGCCUUGCGUGAGUCAAAGCAGCAGGUGCUGGUGGAUAUGGAAGGACUGCGUUUCGAGAAGGAUCACGAAAUGGAGCUACUUCAGAAUGACAUGGAAAAGCGCCAACAAGCUCGAGAGAGGGAGCUCGCCGAGUUACUGGAGACGGUCGCAACAUUGCGGCGCGAGCAGGCACAGCUUCGGAGCACGCUUGAAACCAUUGAAUGCAAGAAAAAUGAAGUUGCUCUUACUCUUGACCGCAUGUUUGGCGAAGUCCGAGUCUACCGGGAGGCGUGUCAGCUGCGCGAUCAAGAAAAUCAACAGCUACGCAACAGGAACCUGGAGCUGGAAGGCGAGCGCACCCAGUUACUCUUGGAAAUAGAGAGGCUUGGCAAGCAGAUUGAGGCCCUGCGUAUGGAUCUGGAAACGACGCGUCUCAAGAGCACGUUGUAUUACAAAGUUCGCAGUCUGUUGGGUAAUCUAUUCACUUACUUUACACGCAGUAACUAG